UCAGACAGCAUGUCUGUUGUUAAUGUUUACACCUUGAGUUAUAAAUCACAGUACAAUCCGUGCAAUUUUUUGAAAGGACAGCUUAAUCAGCGGUGGAGUUUAUAGCAGUUCAGUUUGAGAAUUACCUGUAAAACCCACAGAGGCACCGCUGGUAAGAGCACAUCUGUAACAGGAGCUGCUCUUUUACAGACAGUUGUGUAUGAAUUUAAUCUGGAGGAGUAAUGAUUAGUCUGCAGCUGGAUUCCAUCCAGCUCCCCCCCCCAAACCACACACACAAAUAAAUAAAUAAGUACAUUGCCGAAAACAACUGGUUGACUUGUAAUGACUGAAUUGAAAAGCGCAUGAAAGCUCUGUGGUUCUUCAGCAUAAUGUAAUUACAAGGCAAUAAACUGCCUUCUGCAAAUUACCAUUGAGUUGUAUUAACACCUCUGGCACAGUAUCACCAUUCUUAUCUUCACAAAAGUAAUACUUGCAGCAAUGUAGUUGUCCUGAAUUGCAAUUUAUUGCACAAGUGUUCCUUGUUACUUUGUCAGUUCGCGUUUUGACCCCUGACAGAGACGCCCUUCAGUUUGUUUUGAGCGUUACUGACAAACUAUUGGAUACAUUUCAGUGAAAUGUGAGAAAAUGUUAAGCUAAGGGCCAAGGAACGUUGUGAUCAUUUGUGUGAGUGCCACUGGGUGGAAGUAUGAAAUAGCUGGUCAGUCAGCUGGUGGACUCAAACCUCUUAUUGCUGUUGUAACAAAGCUGGAUUUGUGUUGGUUAGCUUGUUUUAAAUCACAUAUUUAGAACAUUUUGUAUCAUUGGUGGAGGUAUGCGGUAUUUUAAUGAUUUGUAGUUUCCAGUUUUUUGUGUUUGUGUGUGUGUGUGAACUUUAAUCCUCAUCUUUUCACGUAUUCAUUAAUUUUUGACAACUUUACUAGAACAACUCUCUCACAUUUCACUUUAAAGGUCAGUCUCAUCUCAAGUUCUGUGCUGAAGAUGACAAGAAUAUCUGUUCAAUUCCGUGUAGUAAACUCACCUUACAGCAUUUUUAUGUGGGAGCUGCAGAAGUUUUGCUUUGCUAAACAGGAAAAGUUUGGCAUCCCUGUCAAUGGACACCGCAUCUCAAAAUUACCGAUCAGAAGCCAAAACCUGACAUGCAGCUUGUUGUUUUUAAUUACAUGUUACAGUAAAAGAGAUUUGGAUUGUCAGCAAAAUCCAGUGACAUCACUGGUUUCAAAAUGGUUGUGGAAUACGUUAGGAAUCUGACAGCACAGCUGCCGCUGGCUCUGAUGCAAAGUUCAGGUUUCAAUAGUUAUGUAAUAGAGGUUCAUGGGAGGAGGCCCUACCACCACCAUGUGGGAGGGGGAGUAAAUCUGCAGCUUAAGAGUGGAAGAACAAGUAGCUCUCUGACUUUGCUCUCCACAGAUUCAAGGAUCUAGUCAUGGCUGCAAAAGCAAAGCAGACUUGUUAUGAGGGCAGUAGUGUCCAAAGCUUUCAGUUCUACUUAGAACAUUCUGGAGAGCACGAGGCCAUUCUCCAGUGUGUUCACAACAUCCUGCCAGGAGAAUUUAAAAGAGCUGGGGCAGGCAAAAGCAGUCUGGAUGUUCUUGGUGUUGGAAGUGGUGGAGGGCAGGUGGACGUCCAGAUGCUCACUUUGCUUCAGUCUGCGUUCCCAGCUGUGCCGAUCACUGCUGACAUUGUGGAGGGCAGCUCUCAGCUCACAGACAACUUCAAAGCUUUGGUAGCAAAGACGCCCAACCUUCAGAAGAUCCCAUUUGCUUGGCAUAUCAUGAAUAGUGAGGACUACGAAAGUCAAGUCAAAGCAAAGGGAGACAUCAAGAAAUUUGACUUCAUUCACAUGAUUCAGAUGAUCUACUAUGUGGAUGACCUCGCCAGUACAAUCAAGUUCUACCACAGCCUUCUGAAGAACAACGGCAUUCUUAUGAUCAUCAUUGAAGCAGAAAAAGGUGGCUGGGACACCCUGUGGAAGACGUACAAGAAGGAGCUCUGUGUCGACGCCAUCACAGAGUACCGAUCAUCAGGACAGGUUAUUGCCUGCCUGAAGAGCCAGGGCCUGAAGUAUGAGGAGCACGUCAUUCCCAAUUCCUUCGACAUCACAGAGUGCUUCAAUCCAAGCAGCCAGACUGGACAACUUCUGCUGAAUUUCAUGACAGCUAAAGAUCACUUCUACGAGUCGUUCACCCCAGAGAUUAGAGCAGGCAUGUUAGACCUUCUCAGAAACAAGUGCAGCGCUGAAAAAGAUGGCAGGAUACUCUUCAACAGCAAUCUGAGCUGCAUACUCAUUCAUGCUUGAGUAUGAGAAGAUAAUUCUGAUUUCUCUUCUUGCAUUCACUUUACCCUGCCAUUUGACCUAAGCACAGUAUAUCUGCCUGUUGCUAAGAUUAAGUUCACCAUGCGCUCUAGUUUUCAGUCUUUUAAGUCAUAUUCACCUCAUUUACUCUGUAGCUGUAUCAAAAUCAAUUUAUAUCUUUAGAAAAAGCAACUGCAUUCAAAUAUCUCACACUCAAUUCUGGCUUUGUGGUGAGUUCUGAAUUGAUACUGUCAAACCAAGGUCGGACCUCUCUCUAAAAUGAAGACAUUUUGUGCACACCUAUGACCUACCUAUGACAGGGCUCACUCACAGUGAUGAACCAACGGAGAGUUAUUAGCCGACUCUCAGUUCCCUCUCUCAAACAUUGGCACGAAGUACUCUUAUUUGCCUACUACUAAUAGUAAUGUUUCCAACUACUCCAACAAUAUCAACAUACUCAUUAACUGAUGUCAAAUACAAUGGGUUCCACUUUUACAGCCUACCUCACCACUGGGGCAAGUUAUAACAAUAAGUGUGAGUAAUUAAAAAAUUGAGACCACACCUCAAACUGUUGAUCUGAAGAAGUUUAUUUUUCCUGAGAAUCAAUCAGAACCUGUUAUGUUGUUCUCAUCUCAUGACUGCCUGGGGGCAUUUGAUGUUGUAUUUUAUUGUAAGCUGAUGAGCAAACUUCCUGACCAAAACUAAGGUAAAAACGGAACCUGAAUACACACAGAUAAAACCCAGAUAGUCACCAAUUUCCUCUUAGAUCUCACUUGCUGACUUGUAGGCCUACCUGUCAUGUGGUGAGAACCUCACGUGGAGUCCAAUAAAGACAUCCUACAUCCUA